AUGAGGCCAUGUUAUUACAUAUUCAUCUUCAUCUCCUUCAUCUACCUAACCUUAGCAGCAACAGCCAACCACCAAAGAGCAACCUUAAAUGAGAAAACAGCUUGUCUGAUUGUACACAACAAUGUCCGGGCGGCCGUCGGCCUUCAGCCGCUCAUGUGGAGCAAAAAAUUAACAAAAUACGCCCGAUCAUAUGCUGAGAAAAGACGAGCCGACUGCCAACUUAAGCACUCGGGCUCGAUUAGGUAUGGGGAGAAUAUCUUCUGGGGCAGCGGCAAAAGCUGGAGCAUGACUCAAGCGGCUUGGGAUUGGGCCAGCGAGAAUAAGUCGUAUCACUAUUCAUCUAACUCGUGCGACUCGGGCGAAAUGUGUGGGCACUACACUCAGAUUGUUUGGAGGAAUACGACUAAGGUAGGGGUCGGAGCUAUUUGGGGCGUGGGCCUUGUGAGGGGAGUGGUAGUUGCUACUAGUGAGGUGGGGGUUAAGGAUAAAACUAGUGUGUCUUGUGGUCAGGACACCCUAAAGGAAGGGGAAAAAGGUAGCAAUUACCUUGAGGAUCCUCUGGCUGUAGUAGUGGCAGAACAGAAUAAGGAUGGUUCAGCUAAACUUAUUCUGAUUGAGGAUACUCUUACUAAGAAACCCCCUCUCUCUAUUGAGACUCCUAUUGACUCUAAUCUUGUGGAAGUGACUAUACAGCCUUCACCUGUGAUAGGUAAGGUUGCUCAGAAAAAAAAGGCUUCUUUCACUAGAAAACCUAGACAUACCAAAGCAGAGUCUUUGGAGAAUAUGCAGGUGGAUAGGGCUGGGAGUUCAGGGGUCAAGAUAGGAGAGAAAAGCUCCCUUAAAAGGAGUGCUGAGAUGUGUGCUGAGGGAAAUGAGCAGAUGUAG